GUCGAUAUCCCCGUGUCGCCCGAGCCACACAUAUACUGGGUACCGUCUCUCGGUAGCCUUACUUUCCCUCUCCUGUGUGCGUACGUUCAAGGAACACGGUAUUCGAAUUGCAAAGAAGUCCUUAGCAAAAAACCGGGUCUAAGCCAUCGACAUUUCUUAAUUAUUUUAGAGAUUAAUUUUUCCAGCACAGCUCUCGGAUCAGUAUAGUGGAUACUUUGGCCAUGCAUUGAUUGCUACAGAGUGGGGCCCUGACAUCGUCCCUGUCCAGAAGUGACUGCCUGUCCUAAGAUAUCACUCCGCUUUAGGAAAAUGAUGGUAGAAAAGAACUAGGGAGUUUGUACACAUUAUCAUGCGCCCCGCGGUCUACGCCAGUGUGGUCCGGAACAGGCACAAGUCCCGUUCCGACCGCUCCCACAGAAUGCAGCCCCAGGGCUUCUCCAUGAGAAGACUGCUAGCCAUGGUCUUUGUUGGUGCUAUAAUGCUUGCUCCAGGUUUGACCUUGACCGUCCUUGGUCUAGAUGACACAGAAAAUGAAAAUGAAAGAGUUGCUCAAUCCGAAAGAAUCUUGUACAAGGUUCUGGGUCCAAUAUCCUGUGCCGUGGGGGGCUUUAUUCUGGUCGCCGCCAUCUUCUACUACUGCUGCUAUGGACUGGCGGAGCAGUCCGGACGCCAGCGUCACACAUCAUCGAUAUAUGUAAUACAAGCAAGGAAGGAGAGUUCUGUCUGGGUAAGAAAGUCUAAAUCAAACACGAGUCAUCACGGUAUGACUGCCUACUCAAGCGUGAAUAAUGAGAGAGCACAGGAGGGCAAGGACAAGUCACAUGACUCCUCCAGUAAGAGCAGACGACACUCCUCCCACUCAUCUUUACAUCGCCAACAACAGCAGCAGGCAGAGAAGGAUGCUGCCCUCGCUCAGGAAAGGCCUCAAAGGCUGGCAGAGACGGUAGAGAUUAACAUGGGAGCAGCUUCCGAAGAUGCCGCGCUUGCGCAAUGGGAGCAUUAGGUUUGGAUUUUUCAGUCGUGCAGCAACUGUCGAAAAACGAACCAAUCAGGAAGCUCGUACAGUACAUUCGUGUUUUCGUGUUCACCAUUAGUACCCCUCAAAUUGCGUGUGAGAAAACGGACUCCUUGUUUACACGAUUAAGUUGAGGGCUACAUCACUUGACGACACUGUCCAGAAAGUGGCCUUGGUAAACUCGACUUUGCCUUCGUUUUACGAAGUCUGUUAUAACUGAACCAAAGAAUAUUGGUCUUUUUUACGUAUUGAUGACAGAUUGUCUUGUAUACAUCAUUUGAACACUUGUUGUGUUCAUUUUUACUGGAAAAUUUUGUUGUUUCACCUGUACGAGGGGUUCUUUGAAGGUCAGCCAUAUGUUUGAUUAUCAGUCCAUCAUUUGCUCUUGUUAACUGGUUAGAAAGCCUCUUAUUGACAGUACCAUAUGUGAAACUAUUUUGGAUGAAUUUUUAUUUCUUUCCGUAAGAGUUGAAAUGUUUCCAAAAUACAUAUCUUUUCAAACAAAUAAUGUUUAAAACCAAGUAUUCUGUAAGUGAUACAUUAAUUCUGUUAUUCUCCCAUACCUCCAAUUAAAGUUGUACUGUUCCAGAAACUAGAUGGCGCUGUAUUUGACCCAGUAAAAGUGUUACUUUUUCAGCGUCAGGUGGUAUCUGAUUGAAGGACACGUUCUUUGAGUACUAGUAUAAUAAUUAAUAGUUUACACUCAGUUUUGAACACGGCUUUUGAUAUAAUUUUAGUAUUGAUAAUGUGUACACUACAACAGCUUCAAACACUUGUGUAUAACUUGCACCUUAUUAACAUAUAGAAGAUUUUCUAAAACUCAUUGUGAUUUUCGGCAGAACCAUUAUAUGGAGAUUUAUAAUUGUCACUCGACUGAAUGUAUAUACAAAUUUAUAGGUAUAUAAUUUUUCCAGUUUUAAACGUAUAUUAUUUUGAUAUUCUCAAAACAAUUCCACGAGAUGCUACCUGUGGCGUGAUUAACGUCUGAAGACGGAUAGACAGAUGAACAAACAAGGGUUACUUGGGUGUAGCAAACAAAACACAGCCCCCAAAUCAAGUACUUACACCGUACUUAGCCAUUGUACUUAUUAAUUUAGAUCUCUGUUUACACAGAGUAGUGUAAUAAUUCUCUAUUUAUUGAUGUGUCAUCGCAAAAUGGACACUUCUAUAUGGUUCAUGACUUCGCUUCCCUUUGUUGUGAAAGUCAUUUCGAUAUUGUUUUGUUUUAUAUUUUCAGACUGCCUUUGUAUGUCAAAAAAUUGAAAUAUUUUAAUGUGAAAUAAACACAAAGGUAUAAGUUGU